CAUUUUAGCAUCAUGGAUGACGCUAGUAUUGACGAUUAUUUGUUAGAGCUUGAUGAAUUUGAUGAUAGUUACACAGAUAAAGACUACAAUCCUCUAAAAGACAAAGGAUAUUCAUCAGAUGAUGAACCCAUGGACCACUCGUACUCUAGGCCCAUCAGAACACGAGCUCGAGACUAUGCAGACACUAUGCCUGGACCCUCCAGUCGCACUCCUGCUUCAGCCAGCCUGCCUGGAUCCUCCAGUCAUACUCCAGCUACUCCUGAACUUAUGUGUGAUUUAUUCAAUUUAUUUCUACUUUGUUCACUACUGGAGUUAUGACAAUGUGUUGAUUUAUUCAACUUAUUUCUACUUUGUUCUCAUUCUGAAAUUACAAGAAUGUGUUGAUUUAUUCAAUUUAUUUCUACUUUGUUCACUACUGGAAUUAUGACAAUGUGUUGAUUUAUUCAAUUUAUUCCUACUUUGUUCUCAUUCUGAAAUUACUAAAUAAAAGA